AUGCGAGCGAUCCGCCUGGACAACCGGCUGGCCGGCCAUCGAUUGCACCGAGUCGGAAUCGCCGGCAAUACCGUCUAUCUGCAGCCGGCAGUCCCAGACUCGGUGCAGUUAUGGAGUCUUCACACAUUGUUUCCGAACAGUUGGCGUCAGAUUUUCUGUCUUCCUGUGGAGGAAGUCUUCUACACCUUCCCCACAUGCUCGUACCAUCAUCCUGUGUUAUACGUUCUCGUUAUUGCUAUUUUUAAAGGAGAAGAAUACCCUCGCAUUUCUAUUUUCCAAGUUGAUAGGGAAAGCGGAGAGAGCAACGAAUACAGGCUAGCGGUUGAGUCAGGACCAGCGUUUGAUGAAGUGCCGCUUGAAAAUGCUAUUCUCGGAUGUGGCCUUGAUAGUUUGCACAUUUACGACCGAAGUAUUGUUAUGGGACCGAUACCGUAUUGGAAAAUCAUUUUGCGAGAGGGAACAUUCACAUUGGAGCGAGACGACAUCGAGGAUGAAUCCGGUGAAAAAUGUAAUCGAUUCCCGAUCGCAGUUGACUCAGCUAAGCGUGUGUUUGCCCGCUUGCGCGAUGACCACUCCUUAGUGGUGUACAACCCUGACACGAAGGAAUGGCGACCAUACUUCCUUGCUCCUGGUUCUCAUUUGAAUCUGCACUCACUCAAUGUACGAGGGUUGCACGAAUCAUUCGGGAGAGCAGGACGUAGGGUUGGCGCCGUCGAAUCUCCUCUCACGGUAUACUCAGAUGGACCGGUCGUUGUGGCUAGGAUCAAAAUCGGGCACAAGCAAUUCUUCUAUCGAGUUAUUUUUGAUCACGAGAAGUGCGAAUUCCUAUGCGAACAACGUGGUUGGGCAAUGUUCUCAGGAGGAGUAGACCUAAUGUUCUACACAAUUGUUGGAGAGAACUCCCUGGUUGUUGUUGGUAUACGAGCUAUUGCAAUCGCUCUGCUACAGCCUCCCACGUUGGCUGAAUGUGCACUGAUGUCACUACAGGAUAAGCAUUGUAAGAAAGAUGGUACUGGUGCCCGAAUGGGAGGUCUUUCUCCUGAGGAUGUCAAGAAAAUGGUCGGGUAUCGUGGUUCGUCGCUUAUCCCCGUCUGA